UCUCAACAUGCGGAGGCUACUGAUUUUGAGUGUGCUGCUGGAGGCAGUUUUUGGCACUGAGAUCUUUGUGGGGCACCAGGUUCUCCGGAUCUCUGCAGCUGAUGAAGCCCAGGUGCAGAAAGUGAAGGAGCUGGAGAGCUUGGAGCAUUUGCAGUUGGACUUCUGGCGGGACCCUGCCCGGCCUGGACUCCCCAUCGAUGUCCGAGUGCCCUUCCCCAGCGUCCAGUCUGUCAAAGUCUUCUUGGAGUCUCAUGAUAUUAGCUAUGAAAUCAUGAUUGAAGAUGUUCAGUCACUGCUGGAUGAGGAACAGAAGCAGAUGUCUGCCUUCCGGACCAGGGCCCUGACGACCGAUACCUUCAACUACGCCACCUACCACACACUGGAUGAGAUCUAUGAAUUCAUAGAUCAGCUGGUGACAGAGAACCCACAGCUUGUAAGCAAGAUCCAUAUUGGCAACACUUAUGAAGGCCGCCCCAUUUAUGUCCUGAAGUUCAGCACUGGAGGAGCCGAUCAGCCAGCCGCCUGGAUUGACACCGGCAUCCACUCCCGGGAAUGGGUCACCCAGGCUAGUGGGGUCUGGUUCGCCAAAAAGAUCACUACAGACUAUGAAAAGGAUGCAACCCUCAAGGCCAUUCUUGAAAAAAUGGACAUCUUCCUGGAGAUUGUCACCAACCCUGAUGGUUUUGUAUAUACCCACAAAACGAACCGCAUGUGGCGCAAGACUCGAUCACGCAUACAGGGCUCCCUCUGCGUUGGGGCGGACCCCAACAGGAACUGGGAUGCUGGCUUCGGGUUGUCCGGAGCAAGCAGCAACCCCUGCUCAGACACUUACCACGGCAAGUCCGCCAACUCUGAGGUAGAGGUCAAGUCCAUCGUGGACUUUGUGAAAAGCCAUGGAAAAAUCAAGGCCUUCAUCUCCAUCCACAGCUACUCCCAGCUCCUUCUCUAUCCUUAUGGCUACAAAUCGGACUCAGCAGCCGACAAGGAUGAGCUGGAUGAGCUAGCUAAGUCUGCCGUGACGGCCUUGACAUCUCUGUAUGGGACCAAGUACAAGUAUGGCAGCGUCAUUGAUACAAUCUAUCAAGCCAGUGGGAACACUAUCGACUGGGCCUACAACCAGGGCAUCAAGUAUUCUUUCACCUUUGAGCUGCGGGACACUGGGCUCAGAGGCUUCUUGCUGCCUGCCUCCCAGAUCAUCCCCACAGCUGAGGAGACGUGGCUGGCCCUUCUGACCAUCAUUGACCACACCUCAAAACACCUCUACUAAAGUAGCCCUUUACCCCCAGCCUCUCCUCUCUCCCUAGCCCCUUCCGGGCAA